AUGAGACAAGUCCUUGUAUCCUCCGCUCUUGUUCUGCUAUCAGCAGCUGGCGGUGACGCUGCCGGAAGACUGGGUCAGCCCCAACAGGAAAGCCGAGAACUCCAGUCUCCCAGCACUAUUGUCCUGAAUGCGCUGAUUGAUACCUUCCUUCCAGCCGUCGUGAAUGAUUUGGAGAACAACAUUGCCCAAGAUUUGGAUCCCGUCGCUUUGGACUUUGAAACGAAGGAAGCUGUGGAAGUGACGGUGGCUGCCAACGACACGAUUUGCCCGUCGAACAAUACGACAGAUGGUGCCACGGCAGUGUCUCGUUCCGGUGGUUCGGAUGAUGGAUCCUACACGGGAGAAAUCAGUUACUAUAUUGAACAAAUGGCCGGCAUGGGGACCAUGGACGUGGAAUCGGUGGAGUUGAAAGAUGGCACCCAAGACAUUAACAUUCCGUUUGCGUCCUUCUUUGGAGCCCAAGGAUCUACGUGGAGUGGUGUAUGGGAUGCCGUGGCCAAUUUUGAUCAGUUUGUGCUGUCCACCACGGCCACCUUGAACAUGACUUCGUUUUGCAACAUGUCUUCUUACACCGAAGUGGAGACUGGCACCUUUACCAUUGUCAAACCCAAGGUCACCAUGACAAUCUACGUGUAUGGUGAAACGGGCAAUAUCUAUCGAUUCAACGACGAGUCGGUGGUGACAGUGGCCACGGUACAAUCCCUUUCCAUGACAUAUGAGACUGUCACGGGAAAUCUAGGGUACUUUGAUGACUAUGCUGUGGUGGAUGCCGACGAGCCCUUUAUAACCAAGGUGGAAGAGGAGUUCACCGCUGGAUCCGAGUUUUUCACCCUCUUGACUGCGUUUGUGCAAGAAGAAGUCGACAAGGAAAUGCCAUUUUCCUUGUAG